AUGUCAUCGCCACAGAAACCACCAGAUACUCCUCUGCUCAUCACUGUGGACGCCUACGCCCACUCCAGAAACACAGAGCACGCUCAUUCCACGGGCACACUCCAAAAAACGGCUUCCUCAGAACCAGCUGAACAGCCAAACGGGGCUGCUAGGGUGUUCCGGCCCCCAGACGAGGCAUCGCCGAAGCCGCUGAACUUCUCGUUCCCAGCUAAGGCACGCGUCGUCGAAGACGACGCCGCGAGCGACGCGAGCUCCGAUCUCUUCGAGAUCGAGAGCUUCUCGACCGCGACACACAGUCAACGUUCCCCGCGCGUACCGUCGCAACAGCCGAGACUCGUUUCGACGAGCUCGGGCUCCACUUCAACCACGGCGUUCUUCUUCGGUCGAAGAAGCGUAGACGAGGGCUCCACGACGCCGACUAUAACGGAGUGCUACGAGCCGAGCGAGGCGAGCAUCGAGUGGAGCGUGACGACGGCGGAGGGACACGACGAGGCGGUUCCGGGCGUGGAGGAGAAAUGGAAGCGUAAAGGAGGAAACGGUUUGUUGGUGAGCUGUCGGUGCGAGAAGGCGGUUAGCGUGGGGCCGCAGCCGGUGAAAUGUGGAUCAGAGGGACAGAGAGGUGCCACGUCACCAUCAGCAUCACAUGUGAACGCUAUCGCGAGUGGGGGUACAGUAGUAAGAUUGGGAGUGUAAAUAAGCCACCACUUGCCAGGGCUCACCGCAACGCACCUCGCGUGUCGCUUGCUUUCGCGACAUAGCCAUUUGCGCGCAUGCAUGCAUCUUACGCUUUUCUAUUUUUAUUUUUCAUUUUUUAUUUUUUAUUUUUCUUCUCCUCGCCUCGCCUGAAGAAUCAACAGGACCCCAGAAUAACGUAAUCACCCGCUUUUCCGUUUUGUCCUGUUUCUUCCUCCGUUUUCUAAUUAUUGUGUCGCCUUUGUCUUUCUGUUUCUGUAUCCGUUCUUUGAGUGAUAGGAAUAACAGGAUGCAUGUAAUGGCAUGAGAUAUAUUACGUCGUUGUUGUAACAGGAGCCAGCAACGAAUCAUCAUACUCUCCUUCUCUUUGAAAUAAAUGGCGCUGUUAACUCCACUAAUCACAUUGCUACAACUACA